GGCGGUUUUUUACAGGAUGAUGUAUUUCCGCUUCCUUUCGGCCUCGUUGUAUUUGGUUGGACCAGCUUGUUGCGGGGAGGGCGGGGGAAGAUUGUUUGCAGCGGAGAUCCGCGCACGGGAAGGUAAACUGAGCUCCUCAGAGACUCUUAGCCAGCAGCCUCUGCUCAGGCCCAGCCUUCUCUCUCCAGUUGCCACCACAGCCUGGAGGCGCCUGCCUCCGCCCUCCCGAAUGGUGCUCCUCCUCGCAGGCCUCGGCCCAGGAUCCAGGCCCCCUUUGCCCCCCGCCUCGGAGCUAUUGCUCCGGGUCUCUCCUGGUGGACUCCCUGUGACGGGCAGGGAAGGACUUGUGCAUAUACAAAGCUAUAGCUCUUGGGACCCCGCCGGCCGCUUGAAUCUCGGCCUCUAACCGAGUCUGAGGUUCUUCCUGUGCCCUCGUUUUACACCCUCUGAGAAGAGAAUCCCUUCUUGCCACCCAGAGCCCAAGAAGCCCCAAGCUGGGGCCCUGGUCCCAGCAUGUCAGUCCUCUUUUAUGCUUAGGGCUGUGCCUUCUCCCUGCCAGUAUGGCUGAACUCAGGCAGAUUCCAGGGGGGCGGGAGACCCCACAGGGGGAGCUUCGGCCUGAGGUUGUAGAGGAUGAAGUCCCUCGGAGCCCAGUUGCAGAGGAGCCUGGAGGAGGUGGAAGCAACAGCAGUGAAGCCAAAUUGUCCCCAAGAGAAGAAGAAGAACUGGAUCCUAGAAUACAGGAGGAGCUGGAGCAUCUGAACCAGGCCAGUGAGGAAAUCAACCAAGUGGAGUUGCAGCUGGAUGAGGCCAGGACCACCUACCGGAGGAUCCUGCAGGAGUCAGCAAGGAAGCUCAACACGCAGGGCUCCCACUUAGGGAGCUGCAUCGAGAAGGCCCGGCCCUACUAUGAAGCUCGGCGGCUGGCUAAGGAGGCCCAGCAGGAGACACAGAAGGCAGCACUGCGGUAUGAGCGGGCUGUGAGCAUGCACAACGCUGCCCGGGAGAUGGUGUUUGUGGCUGAGCAGGGCGUCAUGGCUGACAAGAACCGGCUGGACCCCACAUGGCAGGAGAUGCUCAACCACGCCACCUGCAAGGUGAACGAGGCAGAGGAAGAGCGGCUUCGUGGUGAGCGGGAGCACCAGCGCGUGACACGGCUGUGCCAGCAGGCCGAGGCUCGGGUUCAGGCCCUGCAGAAGACCCUCCGCCGCGCCAUUGGCAAGAGCCGGCCCUACUUUGAGCUCAAGGCCCAGUUCAGCCAGAUCCUGGAGGAGCACAAGGCCAAGGUGACAGAGCUGGAGCAGCAGGUGGCCCAGGCCAAGACCCGUUACUCAGUCGCCCUGCGCAACCUGGAGCAGAUCAGCGAGCAGAUUCAUGCGCGGCGCCGGGGCCAGCCUGCUCAUACCCCGGGCCAGAGGCGCUCCUCUCCAGUAGGGGCGGAGGCAGGGCCUGAUGGGGGCGAGGAUGCGGACAGCGGGAUCAUCGAGGGGGCGGAGGGUGGAGGGCUGGAGGAAGGCGUCAGCCUGGGACCUGGUGCUGCCCCGGACACCGAUACGCUGAGCCUGCUGAGCCUGCGCACUGUGGCUUCGGACCUGCAGAAGUGUGAUUCCGUGGAGCACCUGCGGGGUCUCUCGGACCACACCAGUCUAGAUGGCCAGGAGCUAGGUCCCCGGAGUGGGGGUCGUGGAGGUCGCCACCAGCGCAGUAUCAGCCUGUAGCCCGGUACUCAGGGUGGCUGAUGCAUUCAUACCACCACUGGCCCAAGGAGGGCCCUGCAGGUUCCUAGCUCCCUCUCCUCGGGUCCUUGCUUCCCUCAGAGAGGUCAGGUUGGCUGUGUCUUGAGUCUGUUGUAUAUGUCCUGGCUUUCUCACCUUGCCCUGCCCCCCACAGGUGGCAGCUCUCUUUGCCUUACCCUUUCAGAAGGCUUGUCUUUGGCUCUGACAUCUCCUUUCCCCGUGUUGGUCCUUCACAGUCUGUCUGUCUGCUGCCCUCUUUCUGACUUCUGUCUGGUUUUUCCCCUCAGGGAAGUUUGUCUGGGCGGCACAGGGAAACCAUCAGAGAAGAUGGGCACUGGAUCUGGGUCCCAGCAUCUUGGUUCCCCCAGCUUGAGUGAAUGGAUGGGUCCCCCUCCCACCUACUCAUCUCCCAGGUGGUUCCUGGGAUGUUGCGGAACCCUCCAGCAGCCCAGCAGCCCAUCCUCUGUCCCAGCCUGCUCAUGGGUAACACGUAAGAAGUGCUGCGGGACUGUGUGCCUCUGGAAGACACCACCCAUCCCUUUAGUGCUCCCUCCUCAUGACCGAAGCCACCUGUGCCUCAAAGCAGGACUUGAGGGAUACUGGUGUCAGGGAAGGUGAAGGCCAAUCCCACUGUCAACCAACACUACCAACUCCAAACAGGCUCCCGUGUGCAUUGUGUUUCCCAGCUGGGCUGUGUCCAACAUUGCCAAGGUGCUAGUGGGUCCGUGUUGGGGGGUGGAGAUGUAGUGAGGUUCUGAUGGCUGAAGCUCUUCCCAUUUCUGCUGUGGAGUUAGGUCUGUUUACUUUUUCUGGGUAGAGGAUGCUGAACCAAAUCUCGGCAUUCUUCUGUCGGGUGGAGUUAGGGAAUUUGGUGCUCAAUUGCUCUCCCUCACUCUUCCCGAAACCAAACCAUACCUAGUCCAGAAUCCCUUGGGGGAUGCUCAGGUUUGGCUGCAGAGCCUCUGCUGAUACAGGGCAGGGUUGGCCUGCAGUGAGGGAACCCACCCUCCAUAGGGAGCAGUUUCAGGUGUCUGAUGGCACUCCCAUGCUGUGUGGGGGAAAGGCAGGGAAGCUACACUGGAUCUGGGUGCCUUGGGGAACCGAUCCUCCUGUCCCACCCCAGGAGGGCUGAGAGCUGGACUCUGGACAGGAGAAUUUGUGCCUAGGCCUGUGUGCUGCUGCCAUCAACUAGGAGGGCGGGGGUGGGGUGGGGCAGGGCCUUCAAAUAGAGGUUGUCUCUCUGUCCCAGGGUUAAAACAGGAUGGUCAUGAUGAGAACUGCCAGGUUUGAGGUGGCCAUGGGUGGAGGGAAGAUGGAGGAGGACGUGGGCGUGCGUGCGUGUGUGCAUGCAUGUGCCUGUGUGUAUGGGGGGAAAGGGUCUGCCCCUGAUUUUAUUUAAAUAAAAUAGUUUAUGUAACA